AUGAGCGCUCAAGGCCCCGUCGCCCUCCCGCCGACCACGGUGCUCACCACCAAGCCAAUCUCCCAAUCCGAGGCCCACGAGUUCCUGGCCAUGUACCUGGAGCGUGCACGAACCGAUGCCUCCCUCCAGCCAAACGCCAGCAUCAACGAGAGCGGUCCCAUCUCCCGCACAACCUCCGCCGCGCCAAACUUGAUCCUCCACAAUCUGAAGCGCGUGCAGGCCGGUCUGGCCGGUGAAGUCCUAGGUCGCGAUCUUACUGUCCAGAAGCAGAAUCCCGGCGAGGAUUACCUGGAUAUUCCCGCGGCGGGCGCUUCGACCAAUCAACUUGAGAAUGGGGAGGAGCAGGGUGAAGGCGAGAAGGAUGAUCUGGAGAUGAGAGACGUGGAGAUGGAGACUGAGGCGGAGGCCUUUGCUGAACAGGAGGAGCAGUUGGCAGCUGUUGAUAAGGAAGAGCGUAAGAGGUUGAAGAAGGAGAGACGCUUGGCAGAGAAGAAGGCUAAGGCCAAGAAGGAGGUUGACUAG